AGGGAAAAGGUGUGUCCACAAUCACCCAGUCAGAGAGAGUGACACAGCCUGAUUAGGAAAUCCCUGGAGGAUGAGAAUAUAUAUCCCUACCCUGAACAUUGAGCUUCCACUGAGGUAAAAGUCAAGCCUGCCAGCCUUCCCCAGGCAGGAAGCAACAAGGUGAAAAAUGCAGAGCUGCAGGAGGAUCAUGGGAUUUUCUAGUGGGGCAUGUUUUCUUUUUCAAAGCUACUGAGUGCUGGACCUAAGGUCUCCACUUUCUGUGCUCUCUGGAAGCUGUCGGAAACAAUGUUCUUGUACCUGUUGAUAAUGGGUGUUUCUGCCUUCACCAUUCCGCCUGCGGAACACAUGGUGAUUUCAGAAAACUGCCAAUUCCGUGGCAAGCAUUUUAAAACCGACUUCAAGGUGGAAGGGGAACCUGUCGUCCUGAGGUGCCCCCAGGUGCGGUAUUGGCUGGGGGCCUCGGCCAGUCCCCAUGUCAACCUGAUGUGGCGUAAAAAUGAUUCUAUGAGGGUGGUCUCAGGGAAAGAAGAGACACGAAUUUGGGUCCAGGAUGGUGCUCUCUGGAUUUUGCCAGCCAUGCAGGGGGACUCUGGCACCUAUAUCUGUACUGUCAGAAACACUUCUUACUGUGAUGAAAUGUCCAUUGAGCUCAGGGUUUUUGGGAAGACAGAAGUUUCCCUGCCUGUCAUCUCAUAUCCACAAAUUCUAACCUUCUCAACCUCUGGGUCAUUAGUUUGUCCUGAACUGAGUGAAUUCACCCGCAACAAAACUGACAUGAAGAUUCAAUGGUACAAGGAUUCUGUCCUUUUGGAUCCAGACAACGAGAAGUUUCUGAGUGUGAGGGGAACUACUCGCUUACUCAUACACAACGUGUCUGUGGAGGACGCAGGCUAUUACAGCUGUGUCAUGAUGUUUGCCCACCAAGGCAUGUCAUACAACAUAACUAGGAAUAUCAAACUACGUAUCAACAAAAAAGAAGAGGAGACGAUUCCUGUGAUUAUCUCCCCCCACCAGACCAUACUGACUUCUUUGGGGUCAAGACUGACAAUCCCAUGUAAGGUGUUUCUGGGAGCUGGCUCACACUCAACCACCAUGCUGUGGUGGAUGGCCAACAACACCAACAUAGACAGUGCCUACCAGGACGGCCGUGUCAGUGAGGGGCAGCGUCUGGACUACUCAGAAAAUAAUGAGAACUACAUUGAAGUGUCAUUGAUUUUUGAUCCAGUCAUAAGAGAGGAUUUGACUAUGGAUUUUAAGUGUGUUGUUCGUAACACACUGAGUUUUCAGAUGCUACAUACGACAGUCAAAGAAGUGGCCACGUUCUCCUGGGGGAUUGUGCUGGCUCCCCUUUCACUGGUCUUCUUGCUUUUGGGAGGAAUGUGGAUACACAGACAGUAUAAACUCAGAACUGGAAAAGCAUAUGGUCUGACUGCAUUAAAGACUAGUCAUCAGGAUUUUCAAUCCUAUCCAAGUAAAAUAAAGGAAAUAAAAUAAUUCAAGUACAAA